AUUUGAAAUUGUAUUUUAUUUCGUUACUGUCUACAUAACAUACACAAUUAUGCCAUUUUAUCGAAAACCUCGAAAUUUUACACCUCUUUUGAAGGCUGCGGAAAAAAAGGCAAUUAAAAAUGGUGUCCAUCACGCUAUCUUUACAUCAAGGUUUGAUAAAUACAUCGGUGACUGGAAAAAUGAUUUGAGACAAGGUAAAGGUUUGUUCCUAACCGUUAAUGGUAAAUUGUACGAAGGAGACUGGUAUAAAGGCUUCAGACACGGGUUUGGGACUCUCAGCAAUACUCUGUCGAAUGGCACGUUAAGCCUCGAAUACCGUGGUGAGUGGGUUCGAGGCAAGCCAGAAGGCAUCGGUUGGAGAUAUUAUGACAAUGGAGACGUUUAUUUUGGGUACUGGAAGAAGGGGGAGUGCCAUGGGUACGGUAAAAUGUGGUACGCUGAUGGCACUUACUAUGUUGGAUACUGGAAGACAAGUCAAAGAGAAGGACUAGGCAUGUUGGUGCAAGUUAACAAUAAUCGUUACGAGGGUCACUGGGAGAAAAAUGUCAAGUGUGGACUCGGCCGUUUUUACCACAUGCACACAGGUCAGCUGCAGGAGGGCUGUUGGGUGAAUGAUGUGUGCGUGAGAUCCAAAAUGUCGGACAUCUUAAUAAGGCAAUACUGUGAUUUACCAACAGAAUAUCCUAUACCACCGCACGAGUUACACGAUUCAAGGGAAAUUCUAGACGAAAGUGAAUUGUGGCUCACACAGAAGAUAGGCGACAUAGACAAACAACUGCAAUAUUGUAUUGACCAAAUGUAUUAAAUGUACAAUGAAUAACAGAUCAUUAUGUGUAAAUACAGGGUAUAAUACAUAUAACAUACAAAAAUUGGUGUUAUAAAAUUUUUGUAUUAUAAUAAAAUCUUAUACUAAACUUUAUAUUAAAUAUACAUGUCAUUAUUAUAUCACAGAGUACUUAUUAAGUAACAUAUACAGUCAAUAUCUUAUUAUUGCUCGCUCUAAUAUACAUCAAAGUAAUUGUGCAAUUGAUCAAGAGAUUUUACAAUCUUUAAAUUCACUAAUUAUCAGGACUAAUUAGAAUUAACAACUGUACAAUUAAGGAUUUUGUGUCUUUGUAUGAU